AGACAACCUCUCCGCAACAAUCCACACCCACAAUGCAGCGAGUCAUCGCACAGCGAGCGCGCCAGCUCUGGGGCCACGCACCGCGCGUACGGUCCUUCAACAAUCGCCGCAAGACAUUUGCCAGCGUCGCCAUCUCCGAGCAGUACUUCACCACCCUUAAUUAAACCGCGACACCACGACUAAGCCCCCGCAGACCCUACGACGUCAUCGUCAUCGGUGGCGGCCACGCAGGCUGCGAGGCCUCCACCGCCGCCGCGCGCUCCGGCGCCCGCACCGCGCUCGUCACGCCCUCGAGGGAAAACCUCGGCGUCUGCAGCUGCAACCCCUCGUUCGGCGGGAUUGGCAAGGGCACCAUGCUGCGCGAAAUCGACGCCCUGGACGGAGUCGUGGGCCGCAUCGUCGACAAAGCGGGCGUGCAGUUCCGAGUCCUGAACCGCAAGAAGGGCCCUGCGGUGUGGGGGCCGCGCGCGCAGAUCGAUCGCGCGCUGUAUAAGCAGUACAUGCGCGAGGAGAUUGAGGGAUACAAGGGGUUGAGCGUUGUGGAGGGGAGUGUGGCGGAUAUCAUUGUGGAUCGCACGCCGGACGAUGAGCGGAAGGGUGCCUAUGGGAAGAUCACGGGCGUGAGGCUGGAGAGCGGACAGAUUAUUCCUACGGAGAAUGUGGUCAUUACGACUGGCACGUUUCUGGGCGGAGAGAUCCAUAUUGGACUGGACGCUUUCCCGUCCGGCCGCAUGGGCGAGGCUGCGACGUUUGGCCUGAGCAAGAGUUUGCGGGAAGCUGGAUUUACACUGGGGAGGCUGAAGACCGGCACGCCGCCACGGUUGGACGCGAAGUCGAUCAAUUUCAAGAUUCUUGACGCGCAAGAAGGUGACGACCCACCCAUGCCUUUCAGCUACCUCAACGACCGCGUACAAGUCGAGCAACAGCUGCUGAACCACGAGACCCGCACCAACGAAGCCGGACACGAGAUCAUCCGCCAGAACCUCGACAAGUCGAUACAUAUCCGCGAGACCGUCAAGGGGCCGCGGUACUGCCCCUCGCUCGAGUCGAAGAUCAUACGCUUCACGGAUAAGACCAGCCACAUCAUCUGGCUCGAGCCCGAAGGCUUCGAUAACGACAUCAUCUAUCCGAACGGCAUAUCUUGCACCGUGCCACCAGACGUUCAAGAAGCCUUUCUGAAGACAGUAAAGGGAUUAGAAAACGUCAAAAUGCUACAACCUGGCUACGGUGUGGAAUACGACUACGUCGAUCCACGGCACCUACGCUCGACCCUCGAAACAAAAAACAUCUCCGGCCUCUUCCUCGCCGGCCAAAUCAACGGGACAACGGGCUACGAAGAAGCCGCCGGCCAGGGCGUAGUAGCAGGCAUAAACGCCGGCCUGCGCAGUCUUGGGAAAGAAGCCAUGGUGCUCACACGAGCAGACGGCUACAUCGGCAUCAUGAUCGACGACCUGAUCACAAAGGGCGUCUCCGAGCCGUACCGCAUGUUCACCUCGCGCAGCGAAUACCGCAUGUCGGCCCGCGCCGACAACGCGGAUACCCGACUCACGUCCCUCGGGCGCUCGCACGGCGUCGUCGGCGACGCGCGCUGGACCGCAUUCAGCGACGAAGCCACACAGACGGCGAGCCUGACAGCUUUGCUACAGGGCAAGUCUAUGGGCGCCCCGCUCUGGAAAGACCACGGCUUCGACGUGCGAAAUGACAGCUCAAAACGCUCCGCCUACGACCUGCUUCGCAUGGCGAAUACCACGCCCACGAGCCUCGCCUCCAUCCUGCCCGAGAUCACAUCCUUCUCCAACCGCAUCAGGGAUAGAGUGCACAUCGAAGCCACCUACGCGCCGUACGUCGCCUACCAGACAGCUGCUCAGGCGCGCUGGCUGCGCGACGAGCAGCUCGCGCUCCCCCUCGAUCUCGACUUCGAGGCCAUCUUCGGCCUCAGCUUCGAAGAGAAGGCGGCCCUCAAGGUCGCAAGGCCGGAGAGCGUGGGGCAGGCGCGCAGAGUCGAGGGUGUCACGCCCACGGGCGCGUUGAGGCUGCUGCAGUACGUCAAGGGCGUGGGGAGGGAGGAGCGGGAGCGCAGGUGGAGGGAGGAGGUGGAGAAGCGGAAGGCGAUGUAUAGGGAUGUAGGGGGUGCGGCGAAGGGGAUUGCCGUCGAAGGGAUGUAGACGCGCUGUUGAGGUUUGCCAGCUGCGGCCAGAGCACUGUAAGAUUUCGAUGGAGUUUUGCAUUCGUAUGUUUGCAUUGCGCGGCGUUUGGGGUUCGGACCCUGCAUCUCAAUGCCCUAGACGAGGGGCAUCUCUUGUAUGAUACCUACCAUGUUCUGUUCUUACAAAUUCGAUGCUGGCCUACACAAGCAGUAUCCUGCCAAG